AUGAGUCCUGCGUUGCGGGAAUGGUGGGAUCUCUCGGACCCCACUAUGGAAGAGGUGGGGCCUUUUGGACCUUAUUGUGGGAGUGAUGGGGACAUCUCGGACCCCACCGUGGCAGUGGGCUCUGGGCAGUACACCUUCUCCCACGAGGUAAAACAACCCGCCUUCGGCAACUUCUACGGCCACAGGUCGCGUCGCGUAGGAGACCGGGUAGACGGUCGCUACUACGUCCUCCUGCCCGACCGUCGCCUUAUGACGGUCAGCUACUACGCCGACAGCACCGGAUACCACCCGACGAUCUCCUAUAGCAGCCCGGGGACGUUCCAGGACUUCCAGCUGACUGGAAUGUUGCGCGACGUUGGGCCCGAGACAAGAGAAGGAAGGGGAGCGAAGGUGUCAGAGGGGCCCACUUCCAGCCCUCCAUUUCCCCUCUUAGAGAGUGCGACUUUCACCACCUCGUCUCCUCUCUUGGAAACAUUCAUUCACGGCCCUCAAGGACCUCCGAGGGCUGAGACAUCAAGACCUGGAUGGAAUAAUGCUAUCUAUACAUAUACAACUUCAUCUACUGAAAGUCCGAUAACUACGUAUCCUAGGCAAACAACCACGUAUCCUAGACCAACAACCAUUUACCCUAGACGAUCAACCACGUAUUCUAAACCAACAACUACGCAUCCUAGAUCGACAAUCACGUUUCCCGUACCAACAACAACAUUUCCUAGACCCAGACCUACACGGUCUAGACACACUGGUGCACGUCCUAUGUACAAAUCUGAUCAUCCCGAAGUCACAACUGGAUAUCCUAUGCGGACAACUGCGCCCUCUAUACUUACAACUACACGCCCGGAACUCACACCUGUGCGUUCACUGCAGGUAACUGCGUAUCCUUCAUAUACAACGGCGCGUUCAACACCCGCAACCACGCGUUCUAGUCACAUAACUACGCCUCCUCUCAACAAGAACUAUUUAGCUUCACCGAGAGAGUUAUCGUGGCACUGGUCCACUCUAACUUCAUCGCUUCCUCGGGCCUUCCACACUACUCCGAGAACUGGAGUUCCAAUGGUUUUCCACGACAACGGCAGCAAAAGGACUGCUGUUAACGGAGAAAGCAGCGAGGGGCGAGGCAACGGGACAAGAGCCAGUAACGGAAAGUGGAGAGGAGUAGGAGGAGAAGCAACAGAAACAUCACCCCCAGCAACAGAAACAUCACCCCCAGCAACAGAAACACCACCACCAGCAACAGAAACAUUACCUCCAGCAACAGAAAUAACACCCCCAGCAAUAGAAGCCCCACUCCCAGCAACAGACGCACCACCCCCAGCAACAUAA